AUUUGAUACAAAAUGUUCAACCUUCUUCGAAUGGUGUAGUCUAUGUACCAAUAUUGAAAUGGUCUGAUUCUAGCAAUUGGACACAAUAUGCAUUAUCAAAUGUUAUUGUGUGGCCUGGUAACUCAUCAGUACCACCUACUAGUCAUGCAGUACUUUCAAGUAUCAACUUACGAAUCGGUGUUAUUGAAUCAUCUCCAUUCACAAUGAUCAGUUAUAUAGUAGAUGAAAAAGGACAAACCACAACAAAGUUAAUUGGCUAUAUACCUGAACUUAUUGAUCUUUUACAAACAAGAAUGGGUUUUAUUCCUGAAGUUAUAUUAGCACCCUCAGAUCAAACCUAUGAUGGAUUAAUUGAUUCAGUUGCAAAUGGCUUGUACGAUUUGGUGAUAGGUGAUGUCACAGUUACGGCUAAACGAAGAAAAAUUGUCUCUUUUUCGAAUUCAAUAUUUGAUAAUUCUUUAUGUAUCGUUAUGCGAGACACACUUCCUGAAGAUGUAAAUCUCAUAUCGUAUCUGAAGCCAUUCUCAUUGAAACUCUGGAUAGUUGUCUUGAUAUCUGUUAUCUAUGCUUCUGUUUUGGUGUAUCUACUAGAACGACAAGAUAACGAAUCAUUACAAGAUAGAUCAAUCAUUUCAUCACUUGCAAUGAGUAUAUGGUAUUCUAUUGGUAAUGUUAUGGGAUAUGGGGCGGAUAUGCAACCUUCAACAGCAGCUGGACGAUUCUUAACUGUUGGUCUAUAUGUUUUAAGUUUAGUAUUAGUAGCAACAUAUACUGCGAACUUAAUGUCUAAUAUAACAAUAUCUAAAUCCGCGAAUAUCAUUUCUGGAAUUGAUGACAUCAAAAAGGGCAAGCUACCAUUUAGUCACAUAGGUAUUCGUAUAGGUACAGCUGGUGAAGAUUACUAUUUACAAGAAAUUUCUCGACAAAGUCGAAAUUUUUAUCCAUUGAAAUCUCAACAAGAACAAUACGACAGUCUACUGAGUGGUGUCAUCGAUGCAACUUUAAUGGAUGUCGGUGCUGCAGAAUAUAUAACUGAUAAUGUAUAUUGUAAUUUAACUCUGGUUGGAGCAGGUUUCGAUAACAGUGUAUUUGGCAUUGUUUUCCGUAAAAAUUGGUUAUAUGAGCAAGAUUUAGAUGUAAAUAUAUUAUCACUGAGAGAAUCAGGUAGUCUUGAUCGGUUAAAAGUGAAAUGGUUUCAAACAAAUAAAUGUCCUGCUUCAUAUAGUAUAUUGAGUGAUAUUUCUGUGGGCAUUGGAACAAUCGGUGGAUUAUUUGUUACAUUUGCAGCUAUUAGUAUUCUAUCAUUAUUAUUAUUUGCAUGGACGAGAAGGCUUCUCAUAAAAGAUAUUCUAUUUAAACUAAUACGCCGAAAGGUUUCGUCAAUCGAACAAAAUCCUUCGGAUACAACACAUUCAACUAAAACUCGUAAAGUUUCACGACUUUCACAACGAUCCUCAUUCAACGUAGUACAUUUUUGA